ACCGGAUGGCCCCCCCUGGACGGGUCCCGCGGGUCUUGGUUCUGCUCCUGGUCUCCUGGCUGGCUGUGGGCCCGGCGGCGCCGGCUCUGGUCCGGCACCCUCUGCCGGUGCUGUGGAUGAUGCCGGCGGGGUCCGGGUCUGGGACGGAGAACCGGACCGGGGACCAGGUCUCGGACCAGGUCUCGGGGGUCCGGCUGGCCCUGCAGGACCUGGAGAAGCAGCCGCCGCCGCUGGGGAGCUACGAGCUGCAGCUGCAGCCGCUGGAGACGCAGUGUGACUCCGCCCACGCCCUGAAGCUGCUGUUUGACUCCAUGUGGGCGGGGCCUCGGUACCUGCUGCUGCUGGGGGGGGCGUGUCCGUCCGUCACGGCGCUGAUCGCCCGCGCGCUGCCGGCCCUGCGGCUGGUGCAGGUGUCCCCCGUCCCCCCCCCGUCCAACCGGAGACUCUACAUGAACCAGUUCUUCACGGCUCCGUCAGACCGGGUCCUCAACACGGUCCUGGUCCGGCUGCUGCAGCGCUGGAGGUGGAGCCGGGUGGGGGUGCUGGAGGACGGACCGGGAUUGGCCGAGAUGAAGAGGGACCUGGUCCGGCAGCUGCAGAGGGCCGACGUGGAUCUGGGGGACACGGAGGGGUUUUCUGGGGACCAGGACGUCUGCGGGUCCCUGAGGAGACUGAAGGACCGGGACAUUCGGGUCUUCGUGGCCCUGAUCGAGGACCAGCGGGCCCCGGAGGUCUUCUGCUGCGUAAGUGUCCCUGGUGGCCCCGUCCCGUCCUGGUGGCCCCCGGCGGGCCCCCCUCUCACCGUGUCUCUGUCCCCCCAGGCGUUCCAGCUGGGCCUGUUCGGGCCCCGGUACCAGUGGAUCGUAGCGGGUCGGGGGCCCGAGGCGUGGCCCCUGAACUGGGGGCCCUCGGCCUGCGACACCAGCAGCCUGCUGGAGGCGGUGCAGGGGUCCUUCAGACUGCAGUUCCGGGGCCCCAAGGGCUGA